AUGGGAAAUAGACUUCCUAAUUAAGAGAAUUAAGCAUGUAUAGACCAUCAUAAUAUUUCUUAGAAUUAGGAGAAUAGAUGCCGUAUUUAAAAAAAAAUAAAUAUGAAAUUGAAGUUAAACCAAAAGAGUUUAAAGGUAUUUUCAUUAAAUCAUCGAUUAGAAUAGGAGGUUUAGGUAAAUGAUAUACAAAAAUUGUAAGAACAACAAGAAGAUAAAGAAGUUUAGGAAUUGAUUGACUUAGCUAAUAAUGACUUUGAUGAUCUCUCUGACCAAAUGAAUAAAUUAAAUUGUCAGCUUGAAGAUCUCUAGAAUGACUUAGACAAGUAUAUUUGA